ACCUGACCGGACAACAUACGACGGAGGACGGAAUCGAGCAGUACAGUUUGUGUCCUGUGUGUGAUCUUCGCGUCAGUCUCUCCAUUAUUAUUUGCUCUCGUGCGUAUACAAUUUCUCGUCAUCGUCGCCGCCACCAUCACCACCAUCAUCUAGUUGACGCUGCUGUGUUAGGGUUCGAGACUGUCACUCGUUGAUAAACGAGCUACUGCGCUUUAUUUUCUCCUGUUCCGCGUGGCUAACCUAAUUUUUUGUAACUCGUACAGUGGAAGUCCGCAUAUUCACCAGACACCGUCGGUGAAUCUCAAAGAGAGCGACGUUACAACGACAUUGUGUAUUCAAUUAAACCAAGAACCAAGUAUCCAACAAGAUAACAAGAUGAAUGACCAACAACAGCAAUUACCUAAAUGCGAUAGCAUUGAUCAAACAAAUCUGAUAAUUAACUAUUUGCCACAGAGCAUGACUGAGAAGGAGCUUUACAGUAUGUUUGUAACCAUUGGUGCAGUCGAAUCUUGUCGAAUAAUGAAAGAUUACAAGACUGGAUACAGUUAUGGUUUUGGAUUUGUAAAUUAUGCAAAAGCUGAACAUGCAGCCGCUGCUAUCAGUACGUUGAAUGGCCUCCAGGUCCAAAAUAAAAGACUCAAAGUCUCUUUUGCUCGACCAUCUGGAGAGGAGAUUAAAGAAACUAAUCUCUAUGUCACAAACUUACCAAGGAACAUCACAGAAAAACAGAUUGAAGAUAUGUUCAGUCAGUUUGGUCAAAUCGUCCAGAAAAACAUACUCAAAGACAAGUUUACGGGAUUACCACGAGGAGUCGCCUUUGUGAGGUACGACAAACGCGAAGAAGCGCAAGAUGCCAUAAACACCCUCAAUGGUACGAUACCAGAAGGCGGCUCCGAGCCUCUUUGUGUCAAAAUUGCCGAAGAACAUGGCAAGCAAAAGGCUGCCUACUAUGCUGGUUGGCAAGCUGGAUACAAUCAGAGCCGUGACCCGGCGCGCGUUACAGGUGGCGGCGUUGUGGGCCGUGGCCGAGGUGGUUACGGAGGCGUGCCGCCGAUUGGUAUGGGACUCGGGGCCGGUGUCGGCCUAGCAACGGGCGGACCCCCGGGUGCUAUGAUAGCCGGGCGCGGUGGCUUCGGCGGACCAAGGGGAGCCGGCACUGGAGCCGGCCAUCACGGCUUCGGAGGCGGUCCCGGAGCCGUGCGCAUGGAGAAGCUGCACCCGCAUCGCUUCAACCCCUUGGGAAUGAGUGGAGCCGCGGCUAGUGCGGCCGGAGGUGCUAGCGCGUCCGGUGGCUACGCCCCGCAACAUUUCUGGUGACGGACCAAUAUCAUUGGCAGCGACUGUGUGCAGCAGCAGGUGCCGGCUAGUGUUCUAGUCGGCGAGUUUUAGUAAAUUCAAGAAUGUGGCAAUGUGUUCCGAAUCAGCGACCUGGAGUUAGUCUGUGUCCACAAUGCAGAGGGACAGUUUUCAUUUCCUUAUUAGCCGCCUGCCUGCGUCCGUCCGUCGAUGCUUAUUCAAAUAUUUAGUUGCAAACAGGAUAAUACUUAUAAGCGACAAGUUUUUUUUUUCUUCCUUUCCCCUUUCUCUCUUUCUUUCUUUCUCAUUAUCCAUAAGCGCACAGAAGACCAUCUAGAUGCACGUACGAUCAUUUUUUUGUCGCAUUUCUUCAUCUUCUCUUUCAAUUUUCUCGCGUAAACCAAGCGACAGACUAUAGAGCUAAGUAUUCUACUCGUUGUGGAUUCGUCUUUUUGUACUCUUAGUCGGAGCAGUUUAACGAUGAACGGCCGAGGCGGGAUCGAAGCGUCUCGUUAAAUGAAUUUUUACUGUUAGAAAUUUCGAUAAAGAGAAAAAAAAA